ACUCAAUCUAAAGAAGAGCCCUCAAGGGCUGCUGGGUGAGUGUCCUGUGAUUCUGUGAACAUCAGCUCAAGGGUUUUGGCAGCUUAUACAGAUAUCAAAAGGUUCUCACAUUAAAGAAGACGGACGCCUUCUCUCAGGAAUCGUAAGUUGUUUCUCCCCCAGUCUUUCAUUCCAAUUCUCAUGUUUUAUUUUCAAUGCAAAUCCAUCUUCCGUGGAUUGCCAACACACCAACUGUAUAAUUCUCUUCACAAUCACAAAUCCAUGCUAUUUACUAAAUACAUCUCCACUGCUACGAAUCUACACGCAUUUACUGUUUCUUACCUCAUAAACUCAUGUGGGUUCUCUCAAGAAUCUGCUUUAUCUAUCUCCGAACGGGUUCAAUUUAAAUCCCCAGAAAAACCGGACUCUGUAAUUGCCAUGUUCAACAACCAUUGUUUCUCAAAACUACAAAUUUUCGACCUCAUCAAAAGAGAGCCCCGUCUGCUUUUGGCUAAUCCGGAGAAGACCAUUUUGCCAAAACUGAAUUUUUUUUACUCUGUAGGCUGCUCAAAGCCUGAUGUUGCUCUUAUGUUUUCCCUAUGGCCUCGUAUAUUAAAUAGAAGCUUAGAAAAGUUUAUAAUCCCUACUUUUAAUGAACUUAGUAAUCUGGUUCAAUCUAGACAGAAGGCCAUUAAUAUUAUUAAAGGCAAUAUGCGAUUUCUGUUGGAGGAUUUAAACAUUAAUGUUGCUCCUAAGAUUAAUAUUUUGCGAAGCUAUGGUGUGCCUGAUUCAAAUAUAGGCACAGUGCUGUAUAUCUGGCCUCGUAUUUUUAAAGUGAGGCAAAGUAAAUUUGAAAAUGUUGUGGAGGUUGUGGAGGAAAUGGGUAUCAAUCCUUUGAAAUUGAAGUUUGUUUUAGCAGUUGGUGUGAAAUUGAAAAUCAACAAAUCCCUUUGGGAAAAGAAACUCGAAGUUUAUAAGAUGUGGGAUCUGUCAGAGGAAGAGAUUCUAGUAGUAUUCCGAAAGUAUCCUUAUAUUAUGUUGACAUCCGAGCAUAAGAUUAUGGCAAUGAUGGACUUUUUUGUGGAAAAAAUGGGUUGGAAGUCUACUAUUAUUGCAAGAUGCCCGAAUCUUAUUAAUCUCAGCUUGGAGAAGAGGAUAAUUCCCAGGGCUGCAGUUAUUCAAUUUCUGUCAUCAAAGGGUUUGAUUGGUAGGGAAUAUACUAAAAUGCCGACUUUGUUCUUAUAUUCUGUAGAAACCUUCCUGCAAAGAUUUGUGAAUUCUUAUGAUGAAGCUCCUCAACUGCUGAAGCUUUACAAAGAGAAGUUGGACCUUUCAAAGAGAGCAAAAUCACCUGCACGGCCGGAUGAGUGUUGUGUGUCCAUUAGCUCAAGGGUUUUGGCAGGUGUACAGUUAUCAAAAGGCUCUCUCCAUCAAAGAAGACGUACGCCUUCUCUCAAGAAUCGUAAGCCGUUUCUCUCCCAGUCUUUAAUUCCAAUUCCCAUGCUUUAUUUUUUCAGCAAAACGAUUUUCCAUGGAUUACCAACACAGCCAUUCUAUUAUUUUCUUCACUAUCACAAAUCUGUGUUAUUUACUAAAUGCAUCUCCACUGCUUCAAAUCUAAACGCGUUUACUGUUUCUUACCUCAUAAACUCAUGUGGGUUCUCUCAAGAAUCUGCUUUAUCUAUCUCCAAACGGGUUCAAUUUAAAUCCCCAGAAAAACCAGACUCUGUAAUUGCCAUGUUCAACAACCAUUGUUUCUCAAAACCACAAAUUUUAGACCUCAUCAAAAGAGAGCCCCGUCUGCUUUUGGCUAAUCCUGAGAAAACCAUUUUGCCAAAACUAAAUUUUUUUUACUCUAUAGGUUUCUUAAAGCUUGAUGUUGCUAGUAUAUUUUCCCUAUGCCCUCGUAUUUUAAAUAGAAGCUUAGAAAAGUUUAUAGUCCCAACUUUUAACGAACUUAGCAAUCUGGUUCAAUCUAGAGAGAAGGCCAUUAGUAUUAUUAAAGGCAAUAUGCGAUUUCUUUAUGAGGGUAUAAACAUUAUUGUUUCUCCUAAGAUUGAUAUUUUGCGAAGCUAUGGUGUGCCUGAUUCAAAUAUCCGCACAUUACUGUAUAUCUGGCCUCGUGUUUUUAAUGAGAGGACAAGUGGUUUUAAAAAAGCCGUGGAGGAUGUAGAGGAAAUGGGUCUCAAUCCUUUGAAAUCACAUUUUGUUUCAGCAGUUGGUGUGAAAUUGAAAAUCAGCAAAUCCCUUUGGGAAAAGAAACUCAAACUUUAUAAGAUGUGGGAUUUUUCAGAAGAAGAGAUUUUAGUAGCAUUUCGAAAGUAUCCUUUAAUUAUGUUGACAUCUGAGCAUAAGAUUAUGGCAGUGAUGGACUUUUUUGUGAAGAAGAUGGGCUGGGAGUCUGCUAUUAUUGCAAGACGCCCGACUCUUAUUAAUCUGAGCUUGGAGAAGAGGAUUAUUCCCAGGGCUGCAGUUAUUCAAUUUCUGUCCUCAAAAGGUUUGAUUGGUAGGAAAUAUACUAAAAUGCCAACAUUGUUCUUAUAUUCUGAAGAAACCUUCCUGCAGAGAUUUGUGAAUUCUUAUGAUGAAGCUCCUCAACUGCUGAAGCUUUACAAAGAGAAGUUGGACCUUUCAAAGUGAGCAAAAUCACCUACAUGAAGGUAGAUGGGCUAAGAGUUGUAUUUUUCAGGUGUGAGACAUAAAUCGUUUCAAUUUUUCAGGUGCUAAUUGAUCUUAUAAAUGCUUUGUUUUCUAUCUUGUUUCCCUGCUUUUACUUUCUUGCUACUUAACCAUAAGCCCAAUGAUGUUUCAAUGUUUAAGCCAAUAGCAUUGCAAGAUGCCCGGCUCUAUUAGUGGAGAAGAGGAUUAUUCCCAGGGCUGCAGUUAUUCAAUUUCUGUCAUCAAAAGGUUUGAUUGGUAGGAAAUAUACUAUCAUACCUGUCAUUGUUCAUAUGUUGUGAAGAAGCCUUCCUGCAGAGAGUUGUGAAUUCUUUUGAUGUGAAGCUUCUCAACUGCUGAAGCUUUACAAAGAGAAGUUGGACCUUUCAAAGGAAACAAGACCACCCACAUAAAGGUAGAUGGGCUAAGAGUUGCAUUUUUCGGGCGUGAAACCAAAAUCGUUUGUAUUUUUCAGGUUCUGAUUAUAGAUGCCUUGUUUCCUAUGUUUCAAGGUUUAACCCAAUAGCAUGCUACAAAUCUGUGUCUUUGCCAAGUCCUGUUACAACUAUGUCUACUUGUUUGCUUUCUUACUGUAACUCCAAAUGAAGAAAAUCCCAUAAGAACAGCUUCUUGUAUGAUACUGUUUUCUGCACAUAAAUUGUCUCUCUCCCUUAAGAAGUUAUGCAAAAAUGGAGUUCAAUGA